AUGAGCGCGGUGGCCUUGUCGCCUUUGAGCCCAGAGACGCCAUCCCCAAUGCGCACCGUGGCCACACCCACUCCGGACCAGGGAGACCUGUGGUUAGUGAGCCCCGCGGCGGCCGACGUCGCCCACAGGCCCGCCGAGAGGCGCCCACCGCCCGUGCAGGCGUGUGCCGACUGGCAGGUGCUGCUCCACCUGCCGCAGACGGAGGCGUGGCUUCGCACCAGCGGCGCCCACGUGACGCGACUGACGCGCUCGGUGGCGCAAGACGGCGACAACAGACACGUGGACGCGCAUCUGCUGCAGCUCAAGUAUGGAGCCUGGUUGCUACGGUUACGCUGGGAACAAAGAAAGGACAUCUGCGAGGACAUCUCUGACCACGUGGAGCAGAUCCACGCUCUUCUGGAGACAGAGUUGUCGCUCAAGCUUCUGUCAUACUCUGUUAACAUCAUAGUGGACAUCAGGACUGUGCAGCUUCUGUGGCACCAGCUGCGGGUUUCCGUUCUGGUUCUAAGGGAGCGUCUCCUUCGGGGUCUGCAGGACCCCAACGGAAACUUCACCAGGCAGACCGACAUUCUGCAGGCCUUCAGCCAGGACCAGGACCAAAACCAGACUCGGCGCCUUGACGCCCUGACCGACGUGGACGAUUGCGGUCGGCUGACCAUCCGCUGCAGUCAGGACUACUUCUCUCUGGACUGUGGCAUCACGGCCUACGAACUCAGCGACUACAACGAGCCCGAGUCCCGGGAAAAGCAUAAGACGGACGCUGCCCCGGAGUCCGAGGAGGUCGCCACAGCCGACGUGCAAAAGAAGCAGGAAUCCCAACGGCCAAAGCACCACGACCCGGGAGCCCAUCCAAGCGAGGCUGCAAAGUCAAAGAGAGCCGUGCUGAUCUUGGACGACAGCGGGCUCUCUGAACUACAAAUCCAGGCCCGGCUUCAUCCUCUCAUGGAUCUUCUGAUGGAUCCUCUGGUGGAUCCUCUGGUGGAUCCACUGGUGGAUCCUCUGGGGCAUCCUCGAAUGGAUCCUCGGGUGGAUCCUCAGAUGGAUUCUCGGGUGGAUCCUCUGGUAGUGCCAGAACGCUCCGAGCUCUGGCUGGAGCUGGACUCCGUUUGUCCCGAAAAUACUUCAGAAGAUGUCCAGCACCUGAAGGUCGUAGACUUCGGCAGCAUCCGACGAGCUGGCGCAAUGGCAAACAAGAGGCUUUUGGAAGUCUCCCCGCUUCCGCAGAGAAACAGUGUGGACCCUCACGGUGACUCUGAUUGCUCGGCGCUGUCCCCCAUUGGGGAUUGGGUCCUGUCCUCGGAGCCCAGAGCAAAGGAGGAGCUGCGGGCAUCCUCAGAGGCCAGUCCAGACAAGGAGCACUGGUACGGCUCUGACGAGUUCCUGGCGCUACCCGCUCAGAUCCACAAGACUGAACUUUUGGCCCUCAACCUGGAGAGUCUGUCUCAGGCGCUGGGACCCAGUGCCGAAGAGCUUGGCCCCGGCGCUUUGCAGGACGUGGACGACUGGGAUUUGACUGAACUCAACCAGGAUGCCUGGGAUUCGACUGAGAGUGGAGAAGACGUUCCUUCUCCACCGCUGGGUCCGGUCGGGCACGACCCCCUGGGCCGCCUUAGCCCUGCCUCCUCCAGCGACUCACUAGAUGAAAGCAUUCAGUCAGGCCAACUAAGCGAGCCACUGUCUGAAGAAGGGCGGGAGCCUGCGCCGGAUAGACGAGGGACCGCCACUCUGACGCGGCGGCUUCUGGAGGACACGGGCCAGUACAGAAAUCCAGGCGUGUGGAACAAGAUGGAGGAGUUCAUGCGACGGCUGGACGGGUUCAUCGGCUGGCUGCAGGAAGCGCUGGAGAGCACCAGCAACUGGGCGCCACCCGCCGCCCGCUUGGACGCGCUCAAGAGCUACUUGGACACCCACUUGACGUUCAAAGUCAACGUGGACAGCCACAGCACACUGCAAGAGCGCAUCAUGGAGGAUGGGAGGGCAUUGCUCGCCAUCAUACCUGCCCAGCAAUCAGAACUGCGCGGCAUCCUGCACAUGGUCUCGGGUCAGUGGGACCAGCUCCAGCUUCAGAUCCGCCGCCAGCACGCUUGGAUGCUGCGUGCCCUGCGCCAGGUUUCUGCGCGCCUGCUGCAGCACGCUGGUCCGUUGCAGCGAGACGACGACCUGCGGGCAGAACUGCUUUGCAGUCACUAUGACACCCAGCCAGACUCCCUCCGGCAGUUGGCCGCAAAGCUCGCCGGCCUGCGCUAUGCCUCGCCCGCCGGUGGGGGGUGCCACGUAGACAGCCAGCAAGACUUUGAGCGCACCUACGAGGAGCUGCUGACGGACACGGACGCCGCGGCCAGCGACAUCCCAUGGCCAACCAUGUCGAAGCAGCAUCUGCCGCAGAUGCACUCGCCGCCGCCGUCGCUGUGCUCGGAUGUCCCGGAGCAUCUGCGGGCCAGCAUCGAGGAGCUGAAGGCGUGGCUGCGACACGCUGAGCUGCUCAUCUUUAACUCCUGCCUGCGGCGGCCCCGGCACCACGCUCGCCAGCAGCUGGCCACCUUCAAGAGUUUGUGUUGGGACGUGCGGGCUCGGCGAUGCGGCGUCUCACGGCUUCUGAAGCUUUGCCAGAAGCUCCUCCGGCAGGACCAGCCGGGGCUUGAGGCAGAGGCGGAGCGGCGGCGCCAGGCCCUGCAGCUGCUGUCCAUCAACCUGGAGCGGAGGUGGGAGGCCGUGCUCAUGCACACGCUGCACUGGCACAACAGACUCAAGAGGGAGCUGCCGGGAGAGUCGCGCACGCCGGGAGAGUUGUGCAUAGUCCCAAGGAACUCUGUGGAAACAGGUCCAUCGAAUCCCGUCCAAGUUCCUCCCCAGCGAGCUUCUCCCCACCAAUCUCCUCCCCACCGGGCUCCUCCCCCGGCAGCCUCGGCUCCCGACGACUCGUGGGAAUGGGACGAGACCGAUCUGGCUGUGGCGGAAUCUCCCGAACUGACGCACAAGGAGGCCGGCGUGACGACAAAUGUCCCUCCUCAAAUAGUGGUCUACCCGGUGUACGGCCUUCACACGGUGGAGUGGGAAAGGCUUCCGGAAGAGACAGAGAGGAAGCAAAACACGUUUCACAGGAGCCCGAGCAAGGACUCCACCUUCUCGUCCAUGGAGUCCCUCCUGGGCAGACGGACGCUGGGUGAGCCAGACCUCCUGGGCGAGCAAGGUGGCGAGAGGAGACCUGAGAGGGAAGGGGCCAACGACGGCCGUUUGUCUGGCAGCGAAAGCGGCAUUGUUAGCGACACCGGAGACGUCGAGACCGUACCGUGUCGCCGACUGCUUGAAAAAGAGAGUGUGGACGCGCCCACCGCAGCCAUGCUGCACCGAGAGGAGCAGAGAGCCCAACGAGCUGCGCAAGAAGAAGCCGAGCUCAAGAAAGGAGAUGGUGAGGAGCUGGAUGGCUUGGAGCCAAGUGCAACCGGGUUUCCCUGUUUGGACCAAGUCGCCGGGCCCCACCAGCCAAGCGCCAGUCCCCUCUGGUCUCCAGGCUCUUCUCUGGAGUCCCUCCUGUUGCCGGGCCGUGAACUGUUCCCCUCCAAAGAGCACCUCCAUCGCAGCGCCUCCCUGGAGAGUGGCCUGUUUGGCCUUGGCCGCAGCCUGGACGGCCACACCCGCCUGGAUGCCGACGCCGACCUGGACGCCGACGUCGGCCUGCACACCGACUUUGGCCUGCAGGCUGACACUGGCCCGGACGGCCACAGCAGCCUUGCCCCACGCUGGACCGGAGAUGAGGACCGCCAUCGUCCAGAAGACCCGAGGCUUGGCAUUAGAGGACGAGGACAGCUGUCUUCGGGAGACCUGAGCAGGAGAACUCUGGAUCUCCUGAAGCGUCUGGAGAACAUUCAGAGCCCGCCAGCCACCAAGAUGACUCGCAGCGUGUCGGAGCUGACGCUCGGCAGCCAGACGCUCGGCAGCCAGACGCUCGGCAGCCAGACGCUCGGCAGCCAGACGCUCGGCAGCCAGACGCUCGGCAGCCAGACGCUCGGCAGCCAGACGCUCGGCAGCCAGACGCUCGGCAGCCAGACGCUCGGCAGCCAGACGCUCGGCAGCCAGACGCUCGCCUCCCCUUGGCUGGGGGGCCAACGCUCGCGAGGUUCCCGUGAGGUUCUAUCGUCACUCGUUGAUGACAACUCUGCCUCGCUCACCGUGCUCCCCAAGCGCAGGAGCCUCCUUCUGGACGGGGCCAGCAAGCAGAACUACGGGAGGAGCGGCCACCGAGAGGAGGUUGACGCUGUUAGUCUGAGCAUGGUGGUCAAUGUCUCCUGCUCCGACGACGAGAAUGACGGCGAUCUCCUGUCCUCCUCCACCCUCACCGAGGAGGAGAUGGAAGUCCUAGAGGAGGAGGAGGAGGAGAGGCUGAUGCUCGCCUCGUUUGAGGACGAAGACCGGGAUGACGAGUUGGCCGCCGAGGAGGCCUACGUGUUGGGCUUGGAUGACAUGAAGAAGGAGCUCCAGGCAUGCAGGCGACCUCCUCCCGCCUCAAAGACAGAACUUGGACUAUGGGAUGAACUCCAGUGUGGGAGCAACCCUGAGCAAGGACACCCCCUGAACUCUACCAAGCGAGACCACCAAGAGGAGGCGAACCGGAGGCGCUUCAUGAGCCAGUUUGCGGAUGAUGUGGAGAACGGCAACAUGGAGAACGGCAACGUGGAGAACGGCGCCUUGGAAGGUAAAGAUGCAGAUGACGAGCUCCUGCGAGAAGAGUCUGCUGUUUUCACCAAGAGAGGUGAGCCUCUCAAUGUGCGAGCAGAGUCUCACGCCUCGAGAGGAGUAGCUCUCCAACUCGUCGGAGACUCCUUUACCUUCUCAGCAGCCGAAAAGGAUCUUGAGCUGCUUCCUUCUUCACCAACCUGCGAGUAUCUGCCGCCCGCUGGCGCCUCCUCCUUCGAAGGACAGCUUAUGGGAGAGUUACCCUGCCAUAGCGUCUCCUUCUCCCCCGACAGGAAGGCCAUCACCAUCCAGGAGAAGUUCAAGUUCUCCUCGCUGGUGACGGAAGAGAGCAGGAGCAAACUCCAGGACAAGCAUUCCUGCCACCCCAGCAAAAACUCCCACACUCCAUCGUGCUGCUGGCCCUCCCUGCUCUCCUUGCCCUCCUCACCCUCCCCACCCUCCUCCGAGGAGGCCGCGCGCAACUUUGUCAUGGAAAUCUUGGACUUGACUUCUGAGGCCUGCCAGCGCAAAGAGAUUCCUGGACAAGAGCUAACGCAGACCAUCGGAAAGUCCGACGCCGAACUAAGCCCCGCCUCCUUCCAGCACAUCAGAGAAAAGGUGCCGCAACAUUCCCAUCGGCCCUUGCGCUUGCGCAAAGGCGACUUCUACGCCUACCUGUCGCUCUCGUCCCACGACAGCGACUGCGGUGAACUCACUCGGUGCGCCGAGGACGGAGCCGCCACCAUGCCUGCGCCUUACCUUGUCCCCUCCGGCGCCACCAGCCCCGCCCCCUCUCACCCGGGUGAGGAAACGCUCGUCCCGGCCUGCACAGAGGAGGCCUACCUGGGUCCGCCGCUCUGCUACAGCUUGCCGCGCACCGACAAAGCGAGGGCCUUCCCGGAGAGGGAGGCGCGGCUCCCAUGCCCCCAGGAGGUCCAAAGCGUCACAUCCGCUCCGCCCCUUGGCUGCAAACGGCAGAUCCCCAAACACUCGCCCGAGGAGAGCCAGAGUGGGGUCUUGGCCCAACCGGAGCCUUCUCACUGCUCCUUGUCAAAGCUCCAGCGGGGCUCGCUGCCCGGCAAAUCGCAUCCGCAUGGAGGCUUUCCAGAGGAGGCAGAUGUCCGAGACGCCAAGGAGGCCGUCCCGGGUGAAGCCAGGCCGGAGGGGGCCCGGCGCCUCGCGGGCCGCCGUGUGUCGGAGGCGCCUCGUAGUGAGGCGCCGCCUUAUCUAAAUCCUGUGGCGUGUGUCGCCCCGAUAGACUCCUCGCCGGCCCAGUGUCUGGCAGAUACUAAAAGGCUUCAAUCCAAUAUUGGCGCCGUAAUGACCAAGAUAAGUGACAGCGACUCCACGACAAAUCCUUCAAAAGAGCCGCCCACCCCCGCCGCCACCGCGCAAAUUAAUCCCAAAAUUAACCGCAGGCCGAUCAAAGAGGCUGAUAGGGCAGCGGGGAGGCGGGGGAAGGCCUACACCCGCGGCGGCACCGAGCGGCCCCAAGACAGGCUGGCGGGGGCAAGGAGGCGGCUGGACGUGAAGAAGAGCGCACCGCUCGUAGGCAACAAGAACCAGACCGGGCCGCCGAGCAUCCGGGUCCGUCCGUGAGAACAACCGGUGCGGGACCGAGAUGAACGAGAGGAAGGCGAAAGUUGACGAAGAUGAACAAAGAGCCAAUUUAAAGAGAAGACACUUCGACAAUGAGCUCGGAAACGCAGCUGAAUAAACAAAAUGGCCGCCUGCAAGACGCUCACAAACACACCCACUGAAAUAAGCGCACUAACACAGUGCACACACACGUAACACACACACACACUUUUCCCACACGUCCAUAACAAAGACCACACACAAAAAUGCGCGCGCGACCGACGCGAGCAUUCAUUUUGUAGGACAAGCUGAAAGUUGAGUUUCAAAAGGUGAUUUGCUUUGUCUAUGCAACGCCGGCGGUGGCUAUUUUGCACGGGGCUUGCUUUAAUGAUUAUGCGUUUUGCUUGGAUGAAGAUCAAAACGCGUUUGAGUCUGUCUGUGCCUUGCUACCUUUUUAACCACCGUCGGGAGGAGGCUGCAAUUUUGUCAAGGUGCAAUGCUACUUGCGUGUAUGUUUUGUUCUGCAUGUCCCAACGUACAAUCUGUUCGGGACCUCUGCAAAGGGUGCACUUCUUUUGUUUGUGUUCUGCUCGGGACCGGCGCGAUGGGCGGCCUACUUUUGUUUGUGUGCCGCGUGUCGAGACGCUGAGCCUUGGUAAAAGUUUCCGGAGAAACAAAACAAAGGUUCCUCAACAUCCCGGGAGAGACGUGCUUGGCUAUGCGCAUCCUCAAUAAACGCAAUUGUCAUCA